AUGAAACUCAACGACCUCCUCGCCCUCGCCACAGCUAUCGUCCUCACCCAAGCAGAUCCCUACGACAUCGCCGACGACAUGGCCAAAUGCCGCUCCAUGAAACACGGCGACAAGGCUGUGUCGGCCAUAACCACCUUCUGCAACAACCCAUCCAUCCAUGCUCCUUCCACCUACGCCCAGAACGGCAUCACCAAUGGCAACAUCCACGUCAUGAUAAGCGGAAAUUGCAGACCUCAGCAAUGGAUUCCCUGGUACUGGUGCGAAGCGCAAUUCUUCAACAUGUGUGCGAACUCGCAGAUGAGUAGCGUUAUGGCUUCUCACGAGUACGGGGAUAAUGGAUGUCAGCAUUUUAGUAUCACAACGGGGAGUGAGUACUAG